AUGCAUCAGGGAGCUGGACCAGAGACAGAAGUGCUAACUGUUCUGUAUGGGACACAGUCCGGAUGUGCUGAACAUCUGGCGCUUACUCUCACCUCUGUGGCCUUGAAAAGAGGGUUUAGGUACUGUAGGUGCCUGCCUGCUGACGAAUUUUGUCUCGAGUCGUGGAAGGAUUCAUCUCCGCUAGUGAUUAUUUGCUCCAAUGCGAGUCAGGGAGAGGCACCCGAUACAAUACGAGUCUCGUGGGUGAGGUUGUUGGAGCCGACAGCACCUUCCAUGGAAGGAUUGAACUUUGCAGUAUUUGGUACGGGUGACUCCUUGUAUCAAAGAUUCAACUACAUGGCGAAGAUGCUACACAAUCGUCUGAAACAAUUGGGGGGCAAGCCUAUCGUUAACCGCGGCCUUGGCGACGAAAGCGAUGCAAAGGGACAUGCUGAAGCCUUCUUUCCAUGGAUUGUCCAGCUUUGGAGGGCAUUGGGGCUGUCAACUUCAGACGAAAAUGACAAGCUCAUGGAAGAUCUCCUGAAGGUUCCCCUGCUUACACGGUAUAACGUUUCCCUUGUCGAAGGAUCCGUGGAGCGCGAUGCACCCGCACAUAAGGCGCUUCACAAUCAGGAGACAUUUAAUUGUGUUGUGGAGCAAAACAUUCGUCUUACACCACAGGACCACUUCCAGGGGAUUCAUCAUGUAGUCUUUUCCCGAGUUGUCACUCGAUUUGAAGGGAGCGUAGAGCGACGUGCCCCACUUUCCUUUGAGGUGGGUGAUGCGUUGGGUGUUUACUGCGUUAGUAAGGAAAAAAUGAUUGACAAUUUUUUUGCGCAAACGCAGCUAAGUGGCGAUGCGGUGGUUUGCGUGACUCCAAACACAUCUGAGGGUCUUCUUCAACAGCGUUAUCAGCCGUUUUUUGGACGUUCGAUGACACUUCAGUCUUUUUUGAAGCAUUAUGUUGACCUGGAGGCUGUGGCAAGUCGCCUUUUUUUUGGCAUGUUGGCACGUUUUGCGCAAGAAGAUGAGGUACAAGAACGUUUGUUUGAGUUGGCCUCCUUGGACAACGUGGAUGACUUCAUGUCAUAUUCAUAUCGCGAGAAGCGAAAUGUUGUGGAGGUAUUAACCGACUUUCGCACUGUUCGUCCACCGCUUUCUGUUUUACUUAGCUUCUUGCCUCUGAUGCGGCCACGCUUUUUUUCUAUCUCGUCCGCGCCCUCCCUCGAUGUCGCUGAGAUUCACCUCACAGUGGCGGAGCUGUCGUGGCAAACGCCCCUAAAACGUAGCCGCAAAGGGGUUUGUAGCUCUUACCUAACCGCUGCCAUCGCUGGAGAUGUGUUUACAUGUUUCCUUUGGCGUAGUUCUUUGACCGUGCCGUCCAAGCCAACUCCUUUGAUCUGUGUGGGCACAGGGACGGGCAUUGCACCUCUGCGUGCUCUUAUUCGUGAAUGUGCGGCCUCAACAAGUCUCUGGAGUGAUGUUCCUAUAUUGCUUCUGUUUGGUUGUCGUCACGAAGGGAAAGACUAUCUUUACGUAAACGAAUGGGCGGAGUUGAGCCAUGAUCGCUUGAAACAAUUAAAGGUAUUACCGGCAUUUUCCAGGGAUGGGGAUAAAAAAUUUUAUGUGCAACACCAGCUUGGUUGUCAUGCAAGACGUAGUGGCGGCCUUGCUCGAUGA